AAUUACGGCCCUGGCGCCGACUAAGUUGCAUUCCUUGAAUCUUCGCAGAAAAGACAAUUCUUUAAUCAGAGUUAGUAAUGUGGACAGUACAAAAUCGAGAGAGUCUGGGGCUUCUCUCUUUCCCUGUGAUGAUUGCCAUGGUCUGUUGUGCACACAGUGCCAAUGAGCCCAGCAACAUGUCAUACGUGAAAGAGACAGUGGACAGACUGCUCAAAGGAUAUGACAUUCGCUUGCGGCCGGACUUUGGAGGGCCCCCGGUGGACGUCGGGAUGCGGAUCGAUGUUGCGAGCAUAGACAUGGUCUCCGAAGUGAACAUGGAUUAUACACUCACCAUGUAUUUCCAGCAAUCUUGGAAAGACAAGAGACUUUCUUACUCUGGAAUCCCACUAAACCUUACUCUAGACAACAGAGUAGCUGAUCAACUCUGGGUACCAGACACCUACUUUCUGAAUGACAAGAAAUCAUUUGUGCAUGGGGUUACGGUGAAAAAUCGCAUGAUCCGCCUGCAUCCUGAUGGAACAGUUCUCUAUGGGCUCCGGAUCACCACCACAGCUGCGUGCAUGAUGGAUCUCCGCAGAUACCCUCUGGAUGAGCAGAACUGCACCCUGGAGAUUGAGAGUUAUGGUUAUACCACCGAUGACAUUGAGUUUUACUGGAAUGGAGGAGAAGGAGCAGUAACAGGAGUCAAUAAAAUUGAACUUCCACAGUUUUCAAUUGUUGACUACAAGAUGGUGUCCAAGAAAGUGGAGUUCACGACAGGGGCAUAUCCACGUCUGUCACUAAGUUUUCGUCUAAAGAGGAACAUUGGUUACUUCAUUUUGCAAACUUACAUGCCUUCCACACUGAUAACAAUCUUGUCUUGGGUGUCUUUUUGGAUCAACUAUGAUGCAUCAGCAGCUAGAGUCGCACUAGGAAUCACCACAGUGCUGACAAUGACAACCAUCAGCACUCAUCUCAGGGAGACCUUGCCAAAGAUCCCUUAUGUCAAAGCAAUUGAUAUUUAUCUAAUGGGCUGCUUUGUAUUUGUGUUCUUGGCUCUGCUGGAAUAUGCCUUUGUAAAUUACAUCUUCUUCGGGAAAGGCCCCCAGAAAAAGGGAGCUAGCAAACAAGACCAGAGUGCAAAUGAGAAGAACAAACUUGAGAUGAAUAAAGUCCAGGUCGACGCCCACGGCAAUAUUCUCCUGAGCACGUUGGAAAUCAGGAACGAGACGACCGGCUCGGAAGUGCUCACGAGUAUGAGCGACCCGAAGGCCACCAUGUACUCGUACGACAGCGCCAGCAUCCAGUACCGCAAGCCCCUGGGCAGCCGCGAAGCCUACGGGCGCGCCCUGGACCGGCACGGAGUGCACAGCAAGGGCCGCAUCCGCAGGCGCGCCUCGCAGCUCAAAGUCAAAAUCCCAGACUUGACUGACGUCAACUCCAUAGACAAGUGGUCCAGGAUGUUUUUCCCCAUCACCUUUUCUCUUUUCAACGUCGUUUAUUGGCUUUACUAUGUACACUAAGGUCUGUCCUCAUGGCUUGAUUUAGACUACUUUCUUCUUCUCUUGUUUGUUUUGUUUUGUUUUUUCAAAAACCCCACAGGUCCCCAGCAGCGACCCUGCUGAGUUUUUUGAGGUAGGAGAUUCAGCCAUCCAAUUGGGUUUAGGUGUUGCAUAACAAUCUUAUCACUGCACCAUGUUUACUUCAAAAAAGAAAAAAGAAAAAAAAAAACCAACCUUUUUUUUUUUCUUCCAGUCUACUGUGGUCCAGGUUAUCAGCUCUUUAAGAGCUCUAUUAAUUGCCAUGUUUACAAAAAUUAAACUAACAAACACAAAGAGAGGAGUUAGACAGGUAGAUCUUUAGCCGUCUUUUCCUAGUCUCCUUGGAGUUUAUUGAUUUCCUUUUUACAGGAAUCUGAAAAGAGGACCUACCCUCUGCCCGCACUGCUUCCUGGGAAACUGUAACAAUCUCAUGCUGCCAAAA